GCAGUAGGGGUAAAAGUAAAACUAGCAAGCAAUAGGUGCAUGAUGUUCUUCUUCUUCCAUUGCACUAACAGAAAAAAGCUGGGCCGCUUUAUAUAUAUACCUCUGGGACUAGAAGCUUGUACUUCUACCUCUGCUAGUUUACCACCACUGGCUCUGCUAAGCACACUGGCUAGUGCACAAUCACAGCAAAUGCUACCUCAUUACCCUAACAGCCGGCCUCAUCGCCAUCACCAUCAGUGCGUCUACCAGCAAGAGCAGUCAUCAUUCUUAUUACCGAACCCUACUGCAGCUGCUUUCCUCAUGCCGGCGACCGCGAUGUCCGCUUGGGACGGGUACGGCGGGCAGAUCUUCCCCGCCGACGUGCUGCUCCACCACCAGGAGACCCUGGAGGCCGUGCUCCAGCAGCCGGCGGUGGCGGUGGUGGCUCCCCUGCGGGAGCCGGAUCAAGCGGCGGGGGACGCGGGGGCGACGGCGGCGGUGGUGGAUGCCGGCGGCGGCGUCCAUGGCGCCGCCGCCGCGCCGCGGAGGCGGCCGUUCCGGACGGACCGGCACAGCAAGAUCCGCACGGCGCAGGGCGUGCGCGACCGGCGGAUGCGGCUGUCGGUGGGCGUCGCGCGGGAGUUCUUCGCGCUGCAGGACCGCCUGGGCUUCGACAAGGCCAGCAAGACCGUCAACUGGCUCCUCACCCAGUCCAAGCCGGCCAUCGACCGCCUCCACGACGCCGACGAACCGGCGGCGGCGCCUUCCUCGGGGCCGGCGGUGGUGAAGGGGAGAGGGGAGGGGAGCUCCUCGAGCACGUGCUGUUUCAACAAGGACCCGAGGGGGGAGAAGGGAUCAAGAAGCAGAGGCGGUCGUGAUGGGCCAUCGGCGGCGCUCAUGGAAGAACACGGCGGCGGCGAGAUCGGCUGGAUCGCGUCCGACACCGCUGUAGCGGCAGCGCCGCCGCAGCCGAUCAACGAGUUGGAGUACUCCUACCAGUACUACCUGCAGCUUGAGGAGAUGAUGAGAUGCAACAAUGGAGGAGUGCCAAGGUGAUUUCUUGUAUGCAUGGUAUGCAAACAUAUUAGGUCUAAACACUCUAUAAUUAAAGCUUGGAGGCUUCUAUAACGUAAUUAGCUAGGCUUCUACUGCCAUGAUCCGAUGCUAGUAGAUAUAUAGUACAUAUACAUCACCUCUCUAUCAGUCAAGACACAAUAGCCUGCUGAUGGGUUUGUGGUAUCGAUUUUCGGUUAAGGCAAUUAACCCUAUAAUUAAUUUGCUGCUGAUGGUAUUGAAUUCUUCA